AAAAUCACUGAUAUAGUAGUGAUUUUUGGAAAUUUUUAAAUUAAAUUUUAAAUUAAUUCAAUUUCAUUAAAUCACAUAAUAAAAUGUAGUGUAUACAUUUUGGAAAAUUGUUAUUUAUCAUUAAUAAUAUAAUCGAAUUUCAAAGUGAUCUGUGCCGACCAAGCAAUAAUUUUGGCAAUAAGAAACUGUAAUCCUUGCGAAUUUCUAUUGUCAUAAAAACAAAAAACAAAAGAAAUUGUUAUAAACUAUUCCAAUAAAUACACAGUAAUAGUAAUAAUUAAAUUUAAAAAAAUGUAUGCAACUUUAAUUUACUUCUUCGUCGUGGGCAUCUUACAAUCAGUGAAUGCAGAAUGGAAUACAAAGGAUUAUAUGAAACGAGAGCAUUCUUUAACACGGCCUUAUCAAGGUUCUGGUAUGAUUAUUCCUUAUUGGGAUUUUAUGGGUAGUACGAUGGUUACAAAUAACUAUAUAAGAUUGACAUCAGAUUUACAAAGUAAACAAGGAGCUAUAUGGAACUCUGUGCCAUGCUAUGUUAGAAAUUGGGAACUCCAAGUACAUUUUAAAGUACACGGAAAAGAAAAGGACUUAUUUGGAGAUGGUUUUGCAAUUUGGUAUGCUAAACAACGCAUGAAACAUGGUCCAGUUUUUGGUAAUAUGGAUUAUUUUCAAGGGUUAGCAAUAAUACUCGAUACCUACAGUAAUCACAACGGUCCUCACAAUCAUCAGCAUCCUUAUAUAUCAGCCAUGGUAAAUAAUGGAUCUUUGCAUUAUGAUCAUGAUCGAGAUGGAACGCAUACACAACUUGCAGGAUGCGAAGCAAAAUUUAGGAAUCUUAAUUAUGACACGCAUAUAGCAAUUAGAUACGAGAGAGAUACUUUAACUGUUUCUACGGAUAUUGCAAACAAAGCAGCUUGGAAAGAAUGUUUUUCUGUGAAGGGUAUUAAAUUACCAACGGGUUAUUACUUUGGUAUAUCUGCAACAACAGGAGAUCUAAGUGAUAACCACGACAUUUUAUCAAUUCGUCUAUUCGAAUUAGAUUUGCCAGAUGAUCCGAAAGAUAACGAGGAUAGAUCUGCUAUCUUACCAUCUGCAGCUUUCUUUGAAUCGCCACGUGAACGUGUGGAUGAUCCAAAACAAACUCCUAUGAGUGGUAUCAAAAUGUUCCUCAUAAUGCUUGUAGGAGCAUUAAUAUUCAUUGCUUGCGUUGUGAUAGCAAUUAUGUUUUAUCAAAAACAUCAGGAAAAUUCUCGAAAGCGUUUUUAUUGAUUGAUUUAUUUUAUGGAUAUUGCAAUUUACCAACCAAUUCAUUUGGAAUUCUUUUACUCAGGAUUUUUCCUGUAACAGGAACAUUUGUAGUGUAAUAUUUAAAAUAUUUGUAAGACUGGUCGUGAUAAAAAUUAAGAUGAACAUGAUUAAUAAUAUAGUGCAACUUUUUUUCUCAAAAAAAAAAAAAAAAGACUUUUAAAGAAAGAAUCACACAUAUGUCAAAGUGAUAAAAAUAGUGCAAUGGUCACAUAUGUAAAUGAUAUGAACAUUGUAAUUGUGAAUGUGUUAAGCAAUACGAUAAAUAUGUUGGACCUAAGUACUCUUAUUAUAUGUAAAGUAUUAACAAGUUAAUCAGUGUAUAUAUAAGUUGAAUUUAAUAAGUAAAUAAUAUUAGAUAAUUAAUAGAUAAACAAAAAUUAUAUAUAU